CAGUGGCAGGGACGGCCUUACGCGAUGACGUUGCAGUAAUCGUCACCACGUACGCUCUGGCUGCUGCUGCUGCUGUUGUGCGGUGUUAGCUAGAUGGCUAGUUUGUGUCCCGCUGGUCACCUCCUGUUGUUGUCACCUGAGGGAUACUAACUAAUAUUUCUUGUGAACAUCUUCGGAUAUCCUCAAACCCUCUCCAGAGCGUGCGUGUCGGGCCGUCGCCAUGGCUCUGCAAGGCCCGGAGGAGCUGGGGGAGCAGGUCGAAGAGCCGGAGGAUCUGGACGACCAGGACGCUAGUAGCAUCUCCCCGGCCGAGGAGAUAACUCUUCCUCCCGGGCCCGGAGGCGACGAGGAGCCGGAGGAGGCUCUCCUACUGCCCUGGGACCGCUUCUCCACCUGGCUGCACUGCAUCUGUGUGGUCGGCUUCGACCUGGAGCUGGGCCAGGCGGUGGAGGUGAUUUAUCCUCAUCACUCCAAACUGUCAGAGAAAGAGAAAACAAGCAUCUGCUACCUUUCUUUUCCCGACUCCAACUCAGGUUGUCUUGGCGACACCCAGUUCUGCUUCCGCUUCCGACAGGGCUCAAACCGGAAGUUGUCGCUCGGCUGCUUCCUGGAAAACACAGACCGUGAUGCUCCGCCCUGUCUGAAGAGAGACCAGGGUCAUUACUACGGUUACGUGUACUUCCGGCAGGUGCGAGACAAAUCCCUGAAGAGAGGAUACUUCCAGAAGUCUCUGCUCCUGAUCAGUAAGCUGCCCUACGUCACAUUCUUCCACUCCCUGCUGAAGAUCAUGGCUCCAGAAUAUUUUGAGAAACAGGAGCCGUGUUUGGAGGCAGCUUGUAAUGACAUAGAUCGCUGGCCGUCGCCCCAUCCUGGACGAAUCCUUACGCUGCCUAUAAUGGGUGUGGUCAUCAAGGUUCGCAUCCCGACCAGUUACGACAAACCAGGAACCUCCCAGCUGGUGCAGUCCACACAGACUGACAGUCAGGUGUCCAUCGUGCUCCCGACCAUCCAUGAAGUCGACCUCUUCAGAUGUUUCUACCCAGUCUUCUUCCACAUCCAGAUGCUGUGGGAGUUGGUGUUGCUCGGGGAGGCGCUCGUCGUCAUGGCGCCGUCGCCAGCGGAGUCUUCGGAUACCGUGUUGGCGUUGGUCAGCUGUAUCUCUCCGCUGCGUUACUGCAGCGACUUUCGUCCGUACUUCACCAUCCACGACAGCGAGUUUAAGGAGUACACAACGAGGACGCAGGCCCCGCCGUCAGUCAUUUUGGGAGUGACCAAUCCCUUCUUCGCUAAAACUCUGCAGCACUGGCCGCACAUCAUCCGCAUCGGGGACAUGAAGCAAGCAGGAGAAAUGGCCAAGCAGAUGAAAGUCAAGAAACUGAAGAACCUCAAAACUCUCGACUCUAAACCCGGUGUGUACACUGCAUACAAGCCGUAUCUGAACAAAGAUGAAGAAAUCAUCAAGCAGCUUCAGAAGGGAGUUCAACAGAAGAGGCCCUCGCCGGCCCAGAAUGCAAUUCUCCGACGCUACUUCUUGGAACUGACUCAGAGCUUCAUCAUUCCACUGGAGAGAUAUGUGGCCAGUCUGAUGCCUCUCCAGAAGUCCAUCAGCCCCUGGAAGGCUCCUCCUCAGCUGCGUCCGUUCAUCCAGCAGGACUUCAUGAAGACGCUGGAGAAAGCCGGACCUCAGCUCACGUCCAGACUGAAGGGAGACUGGAUAGGACUCUACAGGAAUUUCCUCAAGUCCCCAAACUUUGACGGCUGGUUCCGCAACCGGAGGCGAGAGAUGACGCAGAAACUGGAGGCUCUGCACCUGGAGGCGCUGUGCGAGGAGGAUCUGCAGCAGAGGAUCCAGCAGCACUCAGAGGUGGAGACGGUUGAUCUGGUCCUGAAGCUGAAAGAUAAACUGAUUCAGGCGGAGAAGGAGCAGCUCCCUGUGCGUCCAGGGACGGUGGCCAAACUGAGGGCUCACAUAGAGGCCGUCAUCCUGUCGUUACCGGAGGACCUGCAAGGGAUCCUCCACAAGCCCUCCACCCCCUGAACGUCUCCCCCUUUGGCCUGACUCUCUAACCCCACAUCGAGCUUGUUUUAAAGUUUGGGGGGGUCUGUGGAUCGUCUCACAGAUGGAGGAACAUCUUGUUUAUUUUAAGGACCUCUUCUGGUCAGCACAUUUUUGAUUCCUUUUAAUAUACAUCUUGUCAUACUUACUUUAUUCCCCCCCCCACACACGGCUACAGUGGCGGCCCUGAAGUCUCAGCCAUCACUUGGUUUUGACACGGUCAGCUGGAGCCGGCCGGAGCUGCACAACAUAAACUCCUGUGAACGUUUUCGAGGAGCUGAACCAGCGUUUCUAAGCUGUGAGGAGGUUCUUCAGCACAGCGACGUCAUUAAGGAAAUUCCAGACUCGUCUCUCUUCUUCACUUGAAGCGUGCGGCUCACUAACAGAGGAUCCGCCACAAUCCUGGAGCCAACAGCGGGAAAGUUAACUCAGCAGACCUCUGACACUUGGUGUUUUCACCUCCUUGACGUUUUUAGUUUUAUUUUAUUUUUUAACUUGAAGAUGACACGCUGCAGUUCUGCUGACUUUGGAGUUUUCAUUCUUCUUUUUUAAAUUGAGAAAUGUUUUUAAAGAAGUGCACUUCAUCGCUCACUGGACCGGAGUGCCCUUCAUACACACACACACACACUUCUUUUAUGCAAACAAACUGAACCGAGCAGAGCCAAGAAGUGCUUUAUAAUAAAAUCUGACUCAAAUGUUAAUCAACACACAUUAAGCAUUAAUCACCAGCCGCCCUGUCACAGCCAAUGACUGUAUAUAAAGAUGGACGUCUCAGCAUCUUCCUGUUGUACAAAAGUGAAGCCAAAAACACCCUGAGCCAGUUUUUGCUUCCUCUCACUGUUUCUCCUCUACUUUGCACACAGCGCUGCAGGAGCCUUAUUUGUCAACAGAGCUGUCAAUCAUGACAUUAAACCCAUUUUUUUAUAGCAUCUAAUUCUAACAUUUUUAGAACCAGGAACACUAGAACAUAAAUCAGCUUGUUAAGAACUAACUAUAAAGACAGAUACCAUGUUUAAGAAAUAUUUAUUUGACCUAUCUCCAUCUGCUAACAUGGAGGAGGCGGAGCUUAUGGGCCCACACUGCAGCCAGUAAGCAGGAGGAGCUCUUAAGGGUUUUGGCUUCACUUUUGGGGAGCUGUCACGUCGUGCAUAUCUUCAUGCAGACUGUUUUUAUAACUGUCACUCCAACUCUUUGCUGCAGGUCUGUAGAGGAGCCAAUCACAUCUCAUCGCUUCCAGGUCACAUGAUCAUAAAAGUCUUCUAAAGUAUAUCAAUCUUGUCAUGUAAAGGUCAUUAUAUGUUUUAUCUCUCUGUGGUGUGACUUGUCAUUCACAAUUCUGUGUUUAAAGGGUUAAUAUGCGACUUUGUUAAUAUGAAUACAGCAAAAAUCAAAUAUACUGGGGCGUCUGUGGCCUAGUGGUUAGUUUGCACAAUCCCUGUACAGAGGUCGUUGACCUCCAAGCGGGCGGCCCGGGUUCAUAUCCGACCUGUGGCUCCUUUCCCGCAUGUCAUUCCCCACUCUCUCUCUUGAGUAGAGCCCAAAAAUAAAUCCAUCCAGUAUCUAUACUCCAUACAGCCCGCUACAGGUAACCGGGUGCUGGAGCCUGUCCCUGCUGUGAUUGGCUGAGAGGCAUGGUUACACCCUGGACUGUUUGCCUGUCAAUCACAGGGCUGACAUACAGAGACAGACAACCAGCUACACUCACAUUCACACCGACGGGCAAUUUAGAGUCACCAGUUAAGCUAACGAGGAUGUCUUUGGACUGUGGGAGGAAGCCGCAUAGUAAACCUUUAAUGUUCAGGAUUUGAACUUUGACUCAAUCUGGUGCGUCAACAGCUCUAAAGUCUUCGUAUUGAGUUCAUUACAGAUUUGAAAGUUUAAGAUUUUAAAACGUAUAUGACAGAUUGUAAUUUAUUAUGUGCUGUGUAUCAGUUCUUAAGAGGAGGAUUUUUAUAUCGGGGGGGGGGGAAGAUUUAUUGAUAGGAAAAAGGUUGUACUUUGACGCUUUGUUUAGUGUUUUAUGUCGUUUUAAAGAGUAAGCGAAGAGGAGCCAGCCGACUGCUCUAAAGUGAGGAACGUGGAGCAUACUUCCUCAUUAUGACUUUAUUCCCACAUGACUUAAUUCUUCAUGGUUGUGUCUGUAAUGUGGCCCUGAAACUCUGCCGUACCUCCUCCCCGUUCAGCGUUAAGUUAAAGUGACAGUCAGGCCGGUUUUUACUUCUAUUAUGUCAAGACAUACAGUCAAUAGGAAUUUAUAUUUUUAACAACUUCUGUGUGUAUUAUUCUUUCUCUGAAUGUAAACAAAUGAACGUAGGGCGUGGCAUCUUGAAGGUUACCGUGUGUGAUGUCUCUGUCCAAAGAGUUUGUCUUACUUUAAGGGUUAGGGUGCGUCACAUUUAACCUCGGAUCUCGAAAUGACGUCACACCCGACUUGAUUACGUGUCAGACCGACAACUCAGAAUUUCCGACUUCAGAGACGAAAUAGAUCGCACCAUAAUGAAGCCUUAAUGUCUGUCAGGAAGUAAAGAACUGUUUUAGUUUCACAAAUCACAAAAAAAAGAUUCAUUUGAGCUGAUUUCUACAUUAGUAUGUCGUAAAAACCCGACAUUAGAUACAAAAUAAAAAUACUAAUAUUGGCGCUCGGUGUGACUACAUUACAAUACCAAACUUAAUAUUGGGUAAAAAAAGGAAGUGCGUUCCUGUCGGGGAAUUUAAAGGUCAGACGUUCCAGUUGUGACAUUAAGAUCCUGAAUCCAGCACCCACAACCUCCGAGGUUUCAGAGCGCUUCUCAUCGUGGUUGCUAGGUGACAAAAGUUACCUCCAGCUCACCUCAUGAGGUCUGUUUUAAAAAGCAGCGUAUGGCUGGCUUCAGGGGCUCCUCCGUACAACAUUUUUUUAACAUCGUUAUCUCAACAUUGUAAAAUAAAAACAAUAAUGAAGCAUGCACAUGGAGAAGAGGAAAGUACAAAAUAAUAAAAAAGGUCUUCUGGCAGCUGAUUUGAAUUUUCAACUUAAAGGGCAAUAACUCACAAAAUGUUCAUGUUGAGAGAAAAUCAUCCAACCUUUGGGUUCAUAAACAUUCCUGGAAACGUAAGAAUGUAAAAACUAGUAGUUGUAGUACCAAGGCCGUCUCGAGACCACUUUUUGAUAGUCUCCGUCUCGUCUCAGAAUCUAGACCUUUUUUACUCGGCCUUGUCUCGGUCUCAGACUGGGCGGACUCUGGAUUUUAGACCAAGACCACCACUGAGAGGUUUUUUUUUUAUCAUUAAUGAGCCCUGCCUUGGUCUCUUGGUCUUGAUUCAAUCUCAAUCCCUAAAUGUCUUAGGUCUCGACUCAGUCUCGGCCUACCUUGGUCUUGGUUUCAACCCGGUCUGGUCCCCGGUAUGUCUUGUGGUCUUGGUUAGUCUGGUCUUACAACACUAGUAAAACAAACAGAGUUGUUCCGAAAAGUAUCGACAGUCUGAAGGGUCUUGGAUGUGAUUCUGGUUUUCUGUACUUGGAGUGACAUCACGUCAAAGUGUGAUGGAGACAAACACAUGAACCACUUGUUAUCUGCUCUCAGAGGAAUGGAUUGUGUUCCUGAUCUGAUGUGUAACGUGUUGUAUAAAUGCUUUGGACUUUUGCCUUUUUUUUUUGUAAAGCACAUCAUGUAAAGAAGACGUGCUGGUUGUAUAAACCCGUGACAGCGGGUUGUUGGGCAACCGUGCUAGUUUUAUAUUUGUAAAAAAGAAAAAAAGAAACUAAUUUUAACAUUUUUAACUUUUAUGGACGGCUUUUGUCAUCUUCCUCUCGGGGACAGGAUGAAGAGUUUUGUACAUAAGAGAUGUGACAUGUUAGCCCAGAUAUGAUGAUGUACAAUAAUUAUUUUGUUAUUAAAACAAGAUGUCUUAUGAAAUCCAGAAAUAACUCCACAAAAUGUUCUUUUACUUUCUGACACUAAAUAUAUUGUUUGUUUUUUCAA